AAUAGCAGCCGGAAGAGCUGUUCUCCUACUCACGCAAAGUGUGUGGAUGCAGCAUCUGCCGGUUCGUACUGUACGUUUCACAUCUAGAUACGGUUUACCUAGAAGCUGCUUUUGUAGUGUUUGUGCAUUGAAGCAAAUCGUAUUGUGCACGCAAGAAAAAGUAAAAGACGAAUAUCAGUAGUCAAUAAGAAGAACAUUCUGCUACCAUCUAAUCAUAUGUGAUCAUUGUGCGGGUGGUUGUACUGUUGUAAAUGGACAGUGACGCUUCUGCGGCAUGUGACUUCAGAUUCUGACGUAUUUGCCAUAAAUGAUUUUGCUGUGUAAGGUGCACCUGAUUGCAAGCUCGAAGCCAUGAGUGGAAUAUUAAAGAGGAAGUUUGAAGAAGUGGAUGGUUCUUCACCGUGCUCGUCCUUGCGGGAAUCUGACGAUGAGGUUUCCAGCAGUGAGAGUGGGGACAGUAGUGACAGUGUAAACCCUUCCACCUCCAGCCAUUUUACUCCGUCUUCGAUCUUGAAAAGGGAGAAGCGAAUGAGGACGAGAAACGUGCACUUCGAGAGCGUCACGGUCUAUUACUUCUCCAGGAGACAGGGCUUCACCAGCGUCCCCAGCCAAGGGGGCAGCACCCUGGGCAUGUCCAGCAGACACAGCAGCGUGCGCCAGUACACCCUGGGGGAGUUUGCCUUGGAGCAGGAGAGGAUUCACAGGGAGAUGCUCAGAGACCACUUGAAAGAAGAAAAACUUAAUUCCAUAAAGCUAAAGCUGACUAAAAAUGGUACCGUGGAAUCCGACGAAGCCAACGUCCUUACAGUGGAUGACAUUUCCGAUGAUGACAUUGAUCUGGACAACACAGAAGUUGAUGAAUACUUCUUCCUUCAACCCCUCACAACCAAAAAGAGGAGAGCUUUGCUGAGGGCUUCUGGUGUGAAAAAGAUAGAUGUAGAAGAAAAACAUGAGCUCCGCGCCAUCCGAGUCUCAAGGGAAGACUGUGGGUGUGACUGCAGAAUAUUUUGUGAUCCUGAGACCUGUGCUUGCAGCAUGGCUGGAAUUAAAUGUCAGGUAGACCGUAUGUCCUUCCCUUGUGGCUGCACAAAAGAGGGAUGCAGCAACACUGCAGGUAGAAUUGAAUUUAACCCAAUAAGGGUACGGACUCACUUUCUACACACCAUAAUGAAGCUUGAACUGGAGAAGAACAGAGAGCAACAACAGGCAUCUGCAGCAAACGGUUACCAUGGUGAAACGAAUGUUCACAGUAAUCCCUUGGUCCAGGCCCAGCAUAGUCUUGAGUAUUCCCUUGCAGAUACUGUUCCUCAGACUGCAAUAAUGCACCUUCAGGCAGCUGAUGAGCUAGAGGAGCCAAUAGAGGAUGAGGAAGAAGAAGAAGAUGAAGAAGAAAAUGAGGAUGAUGAAGAAGAAGAAGAUGAUGGCAGUAGUUUAUGCAGCGGUCUUACAGACUCAAGCACACAGAGCUUAGCAGCUAGCGAGUCCGAUGAAGAGGAUGACGAAGAAGAUAAAUCAGAUGAUUUUGGAGAAGGAAUGACUCCACCAGUCGUAUCAAGGGCUGAAGUGGUUCCUCUUUCCUCAGUAUUGUGUUAUUCAGAUGGUACAGUGGUCCAUGAAAAUCACAACAGCACCAAUUCCUAUUACACUAGCUCAUCAGUGGAGUAUUAUCAGCUGGAAAAUUCCAACACUGCUGCAGGGAACAUAGCAGCUAAUCAAGGCAACGAGGCCUACAGUGAAGCUUCAUCAUACCAAGACAGGGUUACCAAUAACAAUGGAACAAUGUCAUUGGUGCCUUACAGCAUGACUUCUGAGCAGUACACAGACUAUUCUCGGCAGCAGGAUGAAAGGUAUACUAAUCAUCACUUCGCAGUCUCAAACGGAGCAUCCUCCGUUAUUGUCUGUUGUACCCCUGACCAGGAAAACAACGUUCAGUCAAAUGGGAUAUACUGUGAACAGACUCCAGGCCACUCUCAGAUGGAGUUUCACAACUACUUGAACAAUAAUUCUCAAGACCGUUAUGUCACCAAUGGGAAUUGUUUCACAGUUGAGCAGCCAAAGGAGGUUUCAAACGGACUCUCUGAAGUCUCCCCUCUGCCAGACAAUAAAAAGAAUCCUACACUUGAAAGCGUUCCAGAGGUCACGCCAGUUUAGGGUCCCUGGCCCGUUUAGAUUUUUUUUAAUUAGCCUUGGUCCAGUAAUGCAGUAGUUCUCAGCUUUGACACUGGAGGGAAUCCUGAGUCUUUUGGUUUCUGUUCCACAUGAACUCUUAAUCACUGUGGCUAACUGAUCCCUUUAAUCAAACUUUUUUUGUGUGAUUAGACCUUUUUAACUUGUUUCCGCACUGAGUAUUUUCUUCCAGAAAUACUCCCCUGCGGGCAUGCUUUUUAAAGAAAUUUAGCAAACAGAGCCCCAUCCGUUCUCUUUUUUAGUUUUUCCAUCAUAUUUCAUAGGUCUGAUAUUAAUUAUUCAAUUAUAUUAAUGGUGUCCAUAGGUGGGAAUGACAUUGAAUCAAACUAUCCAGCAUAAUAAAAAAUUAAACUUGUUUUCUUCAGAGCCCCAGUUACAUUUCACACACCUGAAUGAGGGUAUAUGUGAAUAAAAAGGGGUUGAUUCUUGCUAGUAAUUCUAAUUACUAACCCUCAUUUGGAACAAAAAACAGAAAACACAGGUAUACUCCAAGUCUAGGAUGGAGUGCUACUACAAUAAUGAACUUCUCAAAUAUGAUUAAUUGGUUCAAAUGUAUGUUAUUUAAGAGAAAGUUUUAAAUUGUGGCUAAUGCUUCAGAUAUGUAUUGUUUUUUUCUACUUACAUGACUUGAUUGCACAUGAAAGUCUCAUUUUUAGAUCUUGCCUGUUUUAUUAAAAGUCCAAGUUAUGAAUAAUUUAUGUAGCUUUUUGAAAACAUCUGUCAAAUGUUAUUAAUUUAAAACACGAAGUGAAACAAGAUAAAAGACUUUAAAAAAACUGUAAGCUUAAGCCUGUGCUAUGUAAGUAUAUUGUAAUUUCAAAGUAUCCUUUUAAAGGAUCUAGUUUUCAGCUAAUCUUGUGGAUAGAACUUUUAUAUGUUCAUGUGUCAAUUGUGAGAAAAAUGUUUACUGUAUCAAUUUAUUUAUGGGAUUAUGAUGUGUAUGUAAAAUAUAAAUGUUUUGAUAAUGAAUAGCAUGAUAUUUUUUAGCUGAUGACCUUGCAAAUUCAAGAAUAAGCUGACUGACAACACAAGUUGACUGAAAUCACUCAGUGUACUGUAUAAAAUGUUUUAUCUGUUUUAUCACAGACUGUAUUUAGUAUGUCCUUUUUAUAGUUUAUGAAAGCAUGCAACUGGAUCUGAAAAGUGCUUUUUGUUUUCAUCUUUCUUUGCAUUCUGGUUUAAAGACCAAAGCAUUGUUUGAUCUGAGACAUUCAUAUUUCCAUAAAAAAGGCUGCUUAAGCACUUUCUUUUUACAAUUCAUACCAAGAAGGGGCAGUCGCCAUAUUAGGAAAAUGUCAGUCACUCAUACUUGAAACAUUCUCCAGUGGUAGACAGUAAUUUAAUAAAUUGCAUUUUGUGAAGUAAACAUUUAAUGUUUUUUA